CUCCAAGGGUGGAUGAUCUUCUUUAUCGUCAUCAGUGCCGUGAUAGGCACCGGCAUAUUUAGCAAUGGCGGCUCUUCUGUUGAGAUUGCUGGCCCGGGGGGAGCACUGUUUGCACUUGUCAUUAUGGGGGUGAUCGCCAUCUGUGUGGCAGAGAGCCUGAGCGAGCUAACCCAGCUGUUUCCUGCACCAAAUGCCAUUGUCGAGUAUGUACGAGCCUUUAUCGACGAAGAUUUCGGAUGGGUGAUUGGUAUCGCCUACUGGUUCACAUACUCCUCUAUCUUCGCAGCGCAAAAUUUAAUGGCAGCAAAUUUGGCCGUUUACUGGGGUCUUAAACCAGUGUGGCAAAUUAUAAUCUUUUAUUUCGUCACCCCCGGGAUGAUAGUCGGGAUCAACCUAGUUGGAGUCGGCACCUUCGGGUGGGUUGAGGCUGUUGGUGGAAUUCUCAAGAUUGUUCUUGUAGUGGGGAUAACCAUUGUGCUAUAUGUCAUGGCCGGGCAAGAGCACCAUUGGUCCGAGGGCCGUAAGAUCCAGGCCGGAUUUGUAUAUAACGAAAAGUUCACGACGAACAAAUACAGAGCUCUAGCGUACGUUAUUCCAAUGGUCGCAUUUGGCUUCCUAGGUAUCGAGACCGUUGCGGUCACAGCAUUCGAAGCCCGCACAUCUAGAUCCUUGCGGCUGCCUUCUCAAUCUAUCGCCUACGUCACCCUCUUAUUAUACUUUCUAUGCCUGCUUGGCCAGUGCCUAAAUGUCCCCUGGACUGACAGCCACCUACCGCUUAUCUACGGUGGCAUUGGCGACGGGGCCACUGAUACUAAGGAUCUCAGAAAUCCCGCAUCCAGCAGUCUUACAAUUCUAGCGCUUUGGGCCUGGGGAAAGAAACACCUGGCCGGCUUCCUCAACGGCGCGAUGAUAUUUAGCGUGCUUUCCGCUAGUAACACCUCGCUGUAUGUGGCGUCGCGUACCUUGUACGGCGUUGCGCGAGAUGUCCCAACCAGCAACCUACUAGGUCGACUAAUUCACGGUCUAUCGGUCGUUGUACCCAAAACGGGUGUGCCAGCUCGUGCCCUGGUCUUCUCGGCUUUAUCGUUCAUCUGGCUACCAUUCGUCACUCUUAAAGGUGGCUACGCUGUACAAUAUCUCAUCGAGAUAAUCCAAAUCUCCUCUAGUGUAAGCUGUCUUAUAGUCUGGGCGUCAGUGUCUUUUGCGUAUUUACGCUAUUACAUAUGGCUCAAACACUGCAAAAAACAUCUAGUUGGCGACUACGAGCAAUUCAGGCGCAGUACCGGCACCUACAAGCCAUUCACCCUCCUCGCCUUUGCUCAACCCCUCCCGGCCAUUAUAUCUAUCGUUGGCUGCCUUAUCGUCUUCGCAUUCUGCAGUGCGACUUGGUGGGACAAGGAAGUUACUUUCUCGAAAGUCGCGAUCGGCUAUGCAGCUCCACUUAUUUUGCUCGUUCUAUUCAUUAUCUUCAAGAUCAUCAAUCGCCGACUUUGGAUUCGCACUAGCGACGACUUUUCAAGUCUUUCGCAGACGCUGGAUAGGUUGAAGUGGUACAAGCUAGAUGAAGUAGACAUGUCACCACAGCGGCAUCACGAGGAGGCAACGAGGGUGUUGUCACCGCCGCAAGUGGCGUCACCACCAGAGGGGUCGACACUGGAACUGGUGGAGAUUGGGCCAAAUUGAUAGUGUGAAGCUAGCUAUUUCUCUCUCAGUCAUGUCAGUAUUCAAGCUCAAGUGGUCAUCACUUACUAUGAGACUAGUUUCAUUUUUCUUGAUUGGAUUUUGGAAUAAUAUAAUAACGGAUCUCGUCUUGUUGAUGUGUCUCAAAAGCUAGAAAUUUACCCACCUAUGUAUGAUAGUCCUUAAAUCAGAGAAGAAGAAGAUGUGAAGCUCAAAGAGGUCUGCAAAUUAUAAAUGCAGCAUUACAAU